UGAUAUUGGGCUAUUACAUUUCUUUUAGUAAUGAGUUGAUGAUGUUGUGUUCAAUACUAAUUACUUCUCAUUAUCUACAAGCAGCUGUGCGUUGAUUUGUCCUCUCAGAAACACAUUUGUGAUGAAAACUGAAAGCUAAAACUGAGCCCAACCUUUUACACUGAUCUUAGAAACUCGUUUUUAACUCAAAGAAAGUCUGUUUGUUGUCUGCACUUUGGUCUGUUAUUGUCCAGGAGCUUGACCGGACAGGAUGUACAGUGACAGGUGUGGUGAUGCAGGGUAAGGUUUUUUGAAGGAGCAUGUGAGCUCUGUUUCAGGGGAGUUUCACUUCCUGGAGCCGUCUCCUCCACCAGGAGGCGUUUGAGAGUCCGCCUCUGCUGUACCUGCCACUGGCCCCACCUGUCCAACCUGCCCUGCAGUGACUCCAUUAUUUGGACACACCUCCACUGCUGCUCUGCCUUUUCCUGACUCAGGCCCCGCCUGCUGCAGGAGAACGACCUGGAUACGCUCCACAUGUCCUGUUUAAACAAGUCAGCCUUCUCUUAACUCACACGGGAGGGGAAGGAUGUGAAGUGUCAUCUUACAUCCUGUGAUCAGACUGCUGUAAACUGGGAGGAGGCAACACUGAAUGGACAAAACAUGGGGUCAGAUGAGGCUUACAACUUUGUCUUUAAGGUGGUUCUAAUAGGAGAGUCUGGUGUAGGAAAGAGCAAUUUGUUGUCCCGCUUCACCAAAAAUGAAUUUAACCAUGACAGCCGCACAACCAUCGGGGUGGAGUUCAGCACACGGACAGUGCAGCUCAACAACUUCACCAUCAAAGCUCAGAUCUGGGACACUGCUGGGCUGGAGCGAUACCGGGCCAUCACAUCUGCGUAUUACAGAGGUGCUGUUGGAGCCCUGCUGGUCUAUGACAUCACCAAACACCUCACCUACGAGAGUGUGGAGCGCUGGCUAAAGGAGCUUUAUGAACAUGCUGACCCCCACAUUGUGGUAAUGCUGGUAGGCAACAAGACUGACCUGGAGUCAGAGAGAUCAGUGCCUAAUGAGGAGGCCAAAGACUUUGCAGAGAAGAAAGGCCUUUUCUUCCUGGAAACCUCAGCCUUGGAUUCUACAAAUGUAGAAGCAGCAUUUACCACUGUCUUAGCAGAGAUUCACAAGAAGGUAAGCAGUAAGGAAGUGGUCCGAGGCCCCAUGAGUGCAGUUACCCUGAACAGCCCUAAAGCAGAAGACACAGAGAAGAAGUCCUGCUGCAAGAACAUCUGACCCCACCAUCCUUCAGGACUCGGGCCUCACGGUGGGGGACUCCUCCUUUUGCCCCAAGCUGGAAUUUGUUGGAGGCAACCUCAGGCACCAGUAUAAAUGGUUCUGGCUUGAAUGCUGCAACUUUGAAUUGACUGAUUUAAGAGUGGUAGAGCCGGCAUGGUGGUAAGAUGCAUUAAAACGACAGUUGAAAAUGUGAACAGAUGGAGCUGGAAACCACCAGCAGUCUUUUAAGUUACUUCUUCACUACUGAACAAAGGUCAAAGGUGAAACUAAAUUGUGUUACCUGUCAGAUUAUUCAUAAUCCAUUCAGGGAAUUGAAAACACAUCAUAGUGUGUAUGAUGUCUAAAAUAUGAGCAACAUGUUUCAAUGUUUUUUCUUAUAAUCAGCAGCUUGAUUGGUGGAAAUGUUUGUAUUCAUUGUGAGUGUUGCUGUCACUGCUGAGCGUGUGCUCCAGCUGGUCAUCUAUGAUGAGACUGAUUACAUAUCUGUUAAGAAAUAAAUGGAGACAAAUUA